AUGACUGGUGAUAUGAGUAACGAACAGCUACACGACGCGAUGAAGAGAUUCUUCGUCGUAGAGGAAGCAGCAGUUACUAAAAGACUAGAAUCGGAAUCCGAUCAACGCGCGAUGGAGAUCCUAGAACGAAUAACAACUCAAAGGGGUAAGCGGUACGAAACGGGUCUGCUUUGGAGAGUGGACAAACCGAUAUUUCCGGACAGUUUCCCGAUGGCAAUGAAGAGGCUUGCCAGUUUGGAGAAACGAUUAGCACGUGAUCCAGAACUUAGAGCGAAGGUAAAAGAGCAGAUCAAAGGUUACGCGGAUAAGGGGUACGCCCAUCGAGCAACGAAGAAAGAAAUCGAACAGACAGAUCGAAGGAGGGUCUGGUACCUCCCGUUGGGGGUGGUGACUAACCCAAGGAAGCCCGAGAAAAUCCGCCUAAUAUGGGACGCCGCAGCGAAAGUCAACGGAAUAUCGUUGAACGAUAUGCUAAUGAAAGGCCCAGACUUUCUUACCUCUUUAUUUGCUGUUUUACUUCGUUUUCGUCAAAGAAACAUUGCGGUGUGUGGUGACAUCCGCGAGAUGUUUCACCAAAUAUUGGUGCGAGAAGAAGAUAAACAAUCACAACGAUUCUUAUGGCGAGACGAACCUUCUGAAGCAGUACAAAUCUGGGUCAUGGACGUCGCUACAUUUGGUGCAACGUGCUCCCCGUCUAUAGCACAGUACGUCAAGAACAAACAUGCUCAUCAGUAUUCUAAUUCCUUCCCAAGAGUGGUCAGUAUAAUAAUUGACGACCACUAUGUCGACGACUGUCUUUUCAGUGUAGACACGGUCGAUGAAGCGGUACGGUUGAUGCAAGAGGUGAAAGCAAUUCAUGCGGCAGCUGGCUUCGAACUAGUUAAGUUCCAGUCGAACUCAAUGACUGUAAUUUCAUUACUAGGAGAAGCGGAUCGAACGCUAUGCAAACCAAUGAAGCUUGACCAGCAGGAAGAAUUCGAUCGAGUCCUCGGCCUGAUGUGGAUCCCGGGUGCGGAUAUUUUCACCUUUCAAGUGCCGGUAGAUGUACAACAGAUAAUUGAUCACGCAACAGCACCUACAAAAAGGCAAAUUCUUCGAACCGUAAUGAAGAUCUUCGACCCACUUGGUUUUCUCGCUCAUUUCGUCAUCCAUGGAAAGGUCCUGAUGCAGGAGGUUUGGCGCACAGGCACAGGCUGGGACGAACCAGUAGCUGAACAUCUAGUCGACCAGUGGUUCCGGUGGGCAAAAAUGCUGAGCCAAAUUAGCGAAGUGCGAGUUCCCCGAUUCUUCUUUCGUGAUACCGAUCUAUGGAAGUUUAGAGAAGUAGAAAUUCAUGUUUUGACUGACGCCAGUGAAGAGGCAUACGCAUGUGUUGCAUAUAUCAGAGUUCCUAACGACUACGGCGGACGAUGUUCAUUCCUGGCCGCAAAGACGAAAGUUGCACCCUUGAAGCCGCUCUCCAUUCCGAGGCUAGAGCUGCAGGCAGCAAUGAUGGGAGCUCGACUAAUGCAGAUGGUUUGUUCGGCCCUCACACUCAACAUUAGCAAGCGCAUCUUAUGGACAGAUUCAGCGACAGUACUGGCGUGGCUUCGUUCAGAAUCUCGGAAGUAUCACCAGUUCGUAUCGUUUCGAGUCGGUGAAAUCCUAUCGAUCACCAGGAUGGACGAAUGGCAGCACAUACCGACAAAACUCAACGUGGCUGAUGAUGCCACCAAAUGGGGUUCCGGACCAAAUUUCAACCCAAGUUGCCGCUGGUUUCAAGGUCCAACCUUCCUGAAUGAAUCUGAGGAGCAUUGGCCUAAGGAAUCUAAAGGUACCUUACAUGAAACAACAGAAGAACUGCGUGAAGUUGUUCUGCACCAUUCGGAUAUUGCGGAAGCAGUAAUAGAUGUUGAGCGUUUUACGAACUGGCAUCGUCUUCUGCGUACAAUGGCUUACGUCUUCAAAGUGGCAUCAGUCGGCAAGAAGAUCAUCAGAGACGACAGUACAUACCUCAGUAAGGAUGAACUCAUCAAAGCAGAAGGUGCAUUAUUGCGUCAGGCUCAAACUCAAGCAUAUUCCAGUGAAAUAGAAUGUUUGCAAAAAAGAAUGGCAUUAGUAAAAUCUAGUUCUCUAUAUCCGUUAGUACCGUUCUUGGAUGAAGCGGGUAUUAUAAGAGUCAGCGGUCGUACAGAGGCUGCUUCACUGACCCCGUACUCAGCCAGGUACCCUAUAGUUCUUCCAAAGACACACAGGGUUACCAUGCUGAUAGUCGACAGCUACCAUAAAAAGUUCCUUCACGCAAACGGGGAAACCGUUUGUAAUGAAAUAAGGCAAAAGUUUUUCAUACAAAGUCUUCGCUCCCUCGUUCGGAAAGUAAGUCGAAGUUGCCAGUUGUACAUGAUCAGGAAAGCGGUACCUGCUCCCCCAUUGAUGUCACCACUCCCCAAAGUUCGAUUAACACCGUUCAUACGUCCGUUCACUUACGUAGGCGUCGACUACUUCGGGCCUCUGGAGGUUAAAGUUGGAAGGAGUGUAGUCAAGAGAUGGGUGUGUUUGUUCACCUGUCUCACAAUACGUGCGAUUCAUCUGGAGGUUUGUCACGGUUUGUCUACGAUCUCAUGCGUAAUGGCCUUUAGGAGGUUCGUGGUGAGGCGUGGAGCACCAUUGGAAGUAUAUAGUGACAACGGGACCAACUUUGUUGGCGCAAAUCGGCUGUUGUCGGAAGAGAGAAAACGCGUGCAACAGAUUAACAAAGAUUGUGCUUCAACAUUUACGAACGCCCACACUAAGUGGUACUUCAACGUUCCCGCUGCUCCACACAUGGGGGGACCAUGGGAGCGUAUGGUCAGGUCGGUUAAAGUAGCUAUGAAGGCUAUAACGAACAAUUCCCGUCACCCAAGUGACGAAGUAUUGGAGACUGUAUUGCUGGAGGCAGAAGGAGUCAUCAAUUCACGACCGUUGACUUACGUUCCCUUGGAGAAAGAGGAACAAGAGGCUCUAACACCGAACCACUUUCUGCUGUAUAGUUCCAGUGGGGUAAAGCAACCAAUCACCGCUCCAGUCGACAACAUAAGCGCAUUACGGGAUAGUUGGAAACUAUCACAACAUAUGGUAGACGAAUUUUGGCGUAGGUGGAUUCGCGAGUACCUGCCAAUGCUGACGCGGCGAACGAAAUGGUUCGAGCGAGCGAAACCGCUAGAACCAGGAGAUUUGGUGAUUAUUAUGGACGAGGAUCAGUGA